AUGUUCCUCCAUGUUGUUGGCCAUAACCAGAGGUUCAGGAUCAUUCGCAACACGUUCAGGAGAUCAAUGGAGACCAUCUCUAGGUACUUCAAGCAGGUGCUUUAUACUGUUGGGGAGCUUAGAGGAGAGAUGAUUAGGAGACCAUCUGGUCAGACUCCACCCAAGAUUCGCGGAAGCCCAGGAUGGUAUCCAUACUUCAAGGAUUGCAUUGGGGCAAUAGAUGGUACUCAUGUCACUGCCAGAGUUCCUAGGUUACAGUCAGCAGCAUACAGGGGGAGGAAGCACUACACAAGCCAGAAUGUGCUUGUUGUUGUUGACUUUGAUCUGAAGUUCACAUAUCUGUUGGCUGGCUGGAAGGGGUCAGCGCAUGAUGCUAACAUUCUCACUGACAGCAUGAGUCGACCUGAUGGGAUCAACAUCCCCGACGACAAGUUCUAUCUUGGAGAUGCUGGCUAUGCAUGUCGGUCGGGUAUUCUUCCACCCUUCAGGAAAAUAAGGUACCAUCUCAACGAGUUCUCUGGUAGGAACUAUCCUAGGACUGCACAGGAGCUUUUUAAUCUCAGACACUCCAGCCUUAGAGUAACUGUUGAGAUGGCAUUUGGAGCUCUGAAGAAUAGGUUUAAGAUCCUGGAUCAGAAGCCAUUCCACCCAUACUCCACUCAAGUUCAGCUAGUUCUUGCUUGUUGCAUUCUGCAUAACUGGAUCCUCCAGUGA